UGUUACAGUCAUAUUGGAAUAAUAUAAAAUCUAAAAAAAAAAUCAAAUUGGAAUUGAAAUAAAUUAAAGAGAAUACAUAUGUAUGUACGAACAAAUAUUUGAAAUUUUUUAAUUAUAAAACUGUAAGAGGAUUAAUACUACAUAUCCAUUCAUUCACCUAUAAAUCAUCCAAUACUUGUUUGGCAAACAAACCACGAAAAGUUUACAAACAUUCUUUGCAACAAGGAAAUAAAAUCCAGGAAAACAGCAUGUUAAAUAGAGAAAGAAUAGGGAGUACAGAAUUAAAUACAAAUUCCAUUGAUGUAAUGAAAAUAUUUAAUGAAAAUACCAAACCCAAAACAAUUUUAAAUUGUCUAAAAAAACUUAAACACAAAAUAAACGUAAUAGUGACCAAUUUAAUAUAAAAUAAGUACUAGAGCACAGAAUGAAGUGGAUAGAUGCUAGAGUAGAUUCGUAAUUAAAAAAAAAAAAAUUAACAUGAAUUUAAUUGGAAAAACUACAAUAAACAAAAAAACCUGAGCAGCAACAGCCAUUUGAAAAUAGAACGUUACAGCAAGUGCUCUUGAGUUAAUUAUUAACGGUCUCGUAGAUAGAGAGAGUGCGAGAUACAUAACAGUCAAUACAAUUUUACAACUAAAUACACGCCACACAAUAGAAGGUGUAACUGUGGGUGUAGCAAGUAGUAGAGGCUGUGUGUUUGUGUGAGCUUACAGACGAAUAUUAAAAUGGAGUAUUUCUUGCGUGAAUAUGCGGCACGCAGUAUAUUGCCUCAUUUGAAUAUGGCAGCUAAGAGUAUAAAUAAUGAAAAAGGCAACAGCAACACGAACAUAAACAACAACAAUGACUACUAUCAUGAAGCGAUAAACACAACUGCAACAACAUUAAUUGAGAGUGUUAGCAACAACUAUAACAAUAGUUUUAUUAUAAACCCAGGAGAUUCUGGUGAAGGAGGAGGAGGAGAAGGCGUCGUUGGUGGAGUGGGUAGUGGCAGCAACAGUGAUAAUUUAUAUUUUAUACAACCUCAACAACAAUUGCUCGUGGAUGUUUUUAGUAGUCCUGGCAGCAGCAGUCAACAUAAUGUGGGUGUUGGCAAUCAAUAUGAAGAUUAUAUUGAAUAUUUGAACAACGACACUUCCUCGCCGGCCUCACAACUAAUAGCAAGUACGCCAUCCUCAUCAUCGCCCGCCCUACAUUUGUUGGCCUCUCUGGCCAGUGUUACCACCACCACAAUAUCCUCUAUAACCCACCAAAUAAAAGAACAGACAGAAGAAUCUUUUCACGACUACAUCAACAACCAUUUCCUCAACAACGAAACAGCAUAUGCAUCCUUUUCCUGCGAUGGUGAAUCACAAACAUUAAGUGCUUUAAAUUCCUCCCUGGUUGAUGGUGACAAUGGCAGUGCUGCUGCUGGUGGUGAUGAUGGUGAUGAGGCUUUAUCGAGUGUUUACUUUAAGACCGCCGUCUAUUUAUUGUACAUUCCAAUUUUCGUGUUUGCUCUUUUGGGCAACGGCACCGUCUGCUACAUCGUCCAGUCAACGCCACGCAUGCGCACCGUUACAAAUUAUUUUAUUGCCAAUUUAGCUGUGGGUGAUAUAUUGAUGUCUCUAUUUUGUGUUCCCUCCUCAUUCAUAUCGAUAUUCAUUUUGGGCUAUUGGCCAUUUGGCAUAGUGCUGUGUCAUCUGGUCAACUAUUCGCAAGCUGUGUCGGUGCUAGUGAGCGCUUAUACAUUGGUGGCCAUAUCAAUAGAUCGUUACAUUGCGAUAAUGUGGCCGCUGCGACCGCGCAUAACAAAGAGGUAA